GAAUAAAUUAUAAAAUUAAUCGAUUGAACUUUUUUGAAGUUGGACCCAGAUAAAAUUUAUUGGGCCAAAACUAGAUUUCCAAUAGAGAUGAAGGACUAACUUGUAAUUCUUUUUCGAUCAACAAAUUGCGAAUAGAAAUUUAUAAAAUCAUAAAGACAGACAAAAUAUGUAAAAAGAAGACGGUUGGGAACAGCUGAGGCAUUUGGAUCAGACCUCCGACUGAAACUCCGACGACCUGCCGCCGCCGCCAUGAUCCACUUUGUUCUUCUUAUUAGCAGACAAGGGAAAGUAAGGUUGACAAAAUGGUACUCACCAUAUACUCAAAAGGAAAGGACAAAGGUUAUCCGGGAGCUUAGUGGUAUGAUUCUCACUCGAGCCCCUAAGUUGUGUAACUUUGUGGAAUGGAGGGGAUACAAAGUUGUUUACAAAAGGUAUGCUAGCCUUUAUUUCUGCAUGUGCAUUGACCAGGAUGAUAAUGAAUUGGAGGUCCUUGAAAUUAUCCAUCAUUAUGUUGAGAUACUAGAUCGCUACUUUGGAAGUGUCUGCGAGUUGGACUUAAUCUUCAAUUUCCAUAAGGCUUAUUAUAUAUUAGAUGAAAUCCUGAUUGCUGGUGAACUUCAAGAGUCGAGUAAGAAGACAGUUGCACGCCUAAUAGCUGCACAAGAUUCUCUGGUGGAGGCAGCCAAGGAGCAAGCUAGUUCCAUAAGCAAUAUGAUUGCUCAAGCAACAAAAUGAGGAUGUAGUGGUAUAUAAAUGGACCUAGACUUGUUUGAAGAUAUCAGGUUUUAGAAAUUGAUGGUGCAAUGUAUUUCAACUAUUUGGAGCUUGAACUUCUGUGUAACGUUAGCUGCGUAUCGAAAACAUUAGAUUUUGAUUGUCUUUGGUGACCGAUUUGUAUCAACGUGUUGGGCCAUUUUAUGGUUAGCCAUUUAUAUUGCAAUGAUAUUUUUUGAGUGUUUUUUCUUA